AGGAGAAAAAAAAAGAAAAGGAAAAAAAAAAGCAAAACGAGGAGAAGGUCUUCCAAGUUCCAAGCCUCUCUCUUCUCUUCUCUUCUCUUCUCGUGCGACCGCUUCCUUCACCGGACGCCGCCGCCGCCACCAACCGCCGCCGCCGCGGGAGCCGGCGCAGAGGAUCACAGCACAGGGUUUCCUCGGCGGAAGCUGCGCCACUGUUCGUUCUCCUCCGCCGAUUUUGCUCUGGCGGAUUUGGGGAGAAGUUGAUUUUGCUCUGAGCGCCGCCGGUGGCUCGGAGGUCUCUGUGUAUUCCAGCUCCUGCCAUCCGCCGCCGCCGCAUGAGGAGGUCCCCGUCAAGUGCACAGCUCCCGUCGCCGAGCUGCCAGGUCUCCGCGGAGCACCACCGCCAGCGAGCCAACUAGGUGAGCUCCCUCCCGCCGAAUCGAUGAGCCGGCGAAGCCCCCCAUUACUACCUCCUCAACAAAAUUUGGAGUGGCGAUGGAGAGGUCAGAGUGGCUCCAUUUGGUGCACUAGCUCUGCAAAAAGCUUCAUCGUUUGGAUGAGAGAUCCCCGUUAUAUGGAAAUGGACUUAGGGUUUACUUUUCAGUAAUACCAAUUGCCACAUUGGAGUCGGGAGAAAAGUUGUUUCAGAAGCACCCGAGAGCUACUGCUGGUUGGUUUUGACUAAGCUGGGUGAUAGCAUGAUCAAGCAAAUCCUUGGACGGUUCCCCAAGAAGCCAUCCAAAUCCGGAGACAAGGACCCUAUUGGCAGGUCAAGCCCCUCAGUGCCGAAUCCACCAUUGGGUCCAAGAGGUGCAGAAAGGUCCUCCAAUUUGAGUAGCCAGACACCGGUUAUCUCAAGCUCUGGGCUUAGUUAUGGGAGUGGCAUGCAUGUUGGGAAUGCAAACUCAAGGGUGAACGGGAAUUCGGUACAACCGACUGUUGAGCUGUUGCCAAGCUUUAAGGAUGUGCCCAACACAGAGAAGAAUAACCUGUUCGUAAAAAAACUGAACUUGUGCUGUGCCACAUUUGACUUCACAGAUCCAACAAAGAGUGUAAAGGAGAAAGAAGUAAAGAGGCAAACUUUGUUGGAACUUGUUGACUAUAUUGCCUCAGCCAAUGGGAAGUUUCCGGAGAUAAUUAUGCAAGAGAUCACAAGGAUGGUUUCUGUAAACUUAUUCAGGACACUGACUACCCCGCCCAGAGAGAAUAAGAUUGAAGCCUUCGAUGUGGAUGAUGAGGAGCCUGUGAUGGAUCCUGCAUGGUCACACUUGCAGAUUGUUUAUGAGCUGUUCUUGAGGUUCAUUCAGUCUCCAGAGACCGAUGCCAAGUUGGCAAAAAGAUACAUCGAUCAUUCAUUUGUCCUGAGAUUACUUGACCUCUUUGACUCGGAGGACCCUAGGGAGAGGGAGUACCUCAAGACGAUACUUCACCGUGUCUACGGAAAGUUCAUGGUACAUCGACCAUUUAUAAGGAAGGCAAUCAACAACAUCUUUUACCAGUUCAUCUAUGAAACUGAAAAACACAAUGGAAUUGCAGAACUAUUGGAGAUUUUAGGAAGUAUCAUAAAUGGGUUUGCACUGCCACUUAAGGAGGAGCAUAAGUUGUUCCUUGUCCGGGCCCUGAUUCCACUUCAUAAGCCAAAGUGCAUUGGGAUGUACCAUCAACAGUUGUCUUACUGCAUUACACAAUUUGUUGAAAAAGACUGCAAACUCGCAGACACUGUUAUCAGGGGCCUAUUGAAAUAUUGGCCAAUCACAAACAGCUCCAAGGAGGUCUUGUUUUUGGGAGAGUUGGAAGAGAUAUUAGAGGCUACACAACCUGCAGAGUUUCAGAAAUGCAUGGUUCCUCUUUUCCGUCAGAUUGCACAUUGUCUAAACAGUUCUCACUUCCAGGUUGCUGAGAGAGCAUUGUUUUUGUGGAACAAUGAUCAUAUCGAGAAUCUGAUCAAACAAAAUAGUAGGGUGAUCUUACCUAUCAUCUUCCCUGCACUCGAGAGAAAUGCUAAUGGGCACUGGAACCAAGCUGUGCAAAGCCUCACACUUAAUGUUCGGAAAUUGUUCUCCGAUCAUGAUGUUGGUGUAUAUGAUGAGUGUCAGCGGAAAUACGAGGAUGAAAAAGCCAAAGAGAAGGAGACAAAAUUGAAGCAAGAAGUCGCAUGGAAGCGCCUGGAAGAGAUGGCAUCAGCAAAAGCAACGAGUGGAGCAGCUGUGCUUGUCUCUCGAACCUUACCUCGCCAAUCUUCAGCUGUCUAGCGCAUUGUUCAAGUGGUCCUUGGAGAUUCAAAAAGCACUGUACAGGAUUGAACUGUACAGACAAGGUAUAUCAAGGCGGGCAUAUUGAUGGAAGAUCUGAGAAGCCAGUUGGGUUACGCAGAGUACCAGCAAUCACCUCUCAAUCCUGAGUCUUGGCUUUUGAUAUGCUGAGAUCUGCAGUUAAUUGCUUUACUAUCCUUUAACCUUGUCCGAAGUUGGUUGCGAACUUGCAAUUUGUUUUCAGCUGGUGCUGCAAUCUUCCCAUGGGUGUUUGUUUUGGAAGCAAAUGGUUGUUGGUGGUCAGUAGAUAGAAGUUAGUUAGUCCUUCAAAAUGAGUCAUCGUUGUUCUCCAGUUGGCAUGGGCCUUCAUGGUUGUAAAUGGAAACAGAAAUUUUUUUCUUGAGUACAAUAUGAACAAAUAUCGCUCAAAGAAUGUGUGGGGUGCAGCUUACUUAAUCUUAUUACUAUGGAGCAGUAUCCAAGAGAGGAUGCUCAAAACUGAUUAAGCCAA